UUCUUGCGGAAACUGACUAAUGAACAUCGGGAGGAGGGGUAAUUGGAGAGUUUAUUAACAGCACAUUUCCCAUCUCAAGCGUCCACAACGCCUGGUGACACGUUUAUUUGUUCCAGUUCAGGUAUCUACCAUGAAGUGUCUGCCGCUUGUGUUCUUGGUGCUGUGUGGCAUCUCCUCUGUGACACCUUUUUGUCUUUACAAAUUCAAUGAACUUAAAAGUUCCAUCGAAAGCAUGAGGAGCAGUGUCUGGGGGAGUCAGAGAACGCUGGAGAACUACAUGGCCAGAGAGAAUGGACUGGGCAAUGAUCUGAAGUCGUCUAUUUCCAGACUGAACGACCGUCUAAGUGGACUAGAGAGUAGAAUGGAUAUCACAAAUAAUAAUUUUAAUGCGCUAAACAAUCGCCACGGGAACCUACAGAACCAAGUUAAUCAGCAGAACACAAAAAUCGAUAAAACCGCCCAAAUACUGGACCAGGUGCAAAGUACUUUACAGAACUGGGCUGCCAACAUGAAUUCUAUAGUCUACAAUAUCUCCAGUAAAGGUGAUGUUCCGUCUGUAGUCAAUAGAAGAGUGGACGCAAUGGAAGCGGCUCUUAGUGCCAAAGUGGAUAAUCUUACCUUCGCCAUGCACCGAUUGGAAGCACGUGUUCUGCAGACAACAUCCACAGUCGUGUCCGCCGUGAAUAUCACUGCCUUCAUACAUCACAUAGACACACAACUUGCUAGGCUACAGCCUGUGAAGCUAGAGGACGACUGUCACUCCAUGCAGGAGGCAUUGGGCGGACAAGAGCAUGCCCUCACUGAGAUCAAGCAGAUGACCGAGAAUGUUAUGCGUAGAGUGGUUUCCCUGGCAGCGAAGGAGGAGGUCACUGGUCUUUUCAACACUACCCAUGAGCAACUCCAGGAGAUAAAGAAUGAACUGGCUGCAUACAAGGGACAAGAACUCCACAGAAACAUGACCAAAGGGAGCCUUGUUGAGGGGUUCUGCGGGGAUGUUCAGAACAGCUAUGGACAGCUCUUGAAGGAAGUUAAAGGUCUGGCUAACGUGGCACAGGUGAUAACUAAGACAGCAGACAAUGUUUUGGACACGAAGACAAAGGUUGAUAAUGGUAUCAACCAGAUAAUUCUGGAGAUUGGGAAUUCAGUUCAGCUCCAGAUGAAGGAUUUGAACACGACGGUGAACAAAAGAUUCGAUAAUAUGUCAUUCACCAUCAUAGACAGUAAGAACGAAGUGUUAGAUAAUUUCACAUCGAAAAUUGAAUACGAAACGAGUCAGGUUUUGAGUGAGAUGGACAAUAUGUCCUAUCACCUGAAAGCAUCCGCCAAGGUCUUGGAUCUACUCAAAGAACAGACGGAUGCUGGCAUGAACGUCAGUUUACAUAACAUGAACAGCAUUGAAGGCAAGGUGGGACAGAUUAUCGAACACAUUGGAAAGUUCGAUAACAAUUUCAGUAACCAACAAGAGUGGCAGACGCAUGUUAGCCAGGUAUUAGAAGAGAUUUCGACCAUCUCCAAAAACAAUUUCAAUCUGGACAAAGCAGAUAUCAGGAUGUUGAAUUCAGAAGAGUGACGUAUAUGACCAAGUGUAGUAGUAAUAUUGUAGAUGAUAGUGAACUGGAAGGACUAUUUUAUUAAUUCCUCAAUGUACUAAUUAUUUUGUUAAUAAAACAUAAUACUUUAAAUAUUAACAUGCACAA